ACAAAAAAAAAAUUAAAAUUGCCCCACGACCAAAUAAACAAAUAUUCAAACAGAAAAAAUUGGUUUUUUGUUUUAUUGAAAGAAAUAAAAAAUCGAAGCGAUAACACCUUAAUCUAUAUUGAGCGCUGACAGAUAAUUCUCACCAUUUUGCAACAAAGUUAUGAUUAAAUGCCAACACUAAUCGUUCAGUGUAAUCAGUUUUAACAUAAGCACUUAAAUGUUUUUCAUGUUUGUUCGUUGUCACUGAUAUUGCGUUCGCUUGAUGCUAAUAGGAAAAAAAAGUAUAAAGAGCAAGAGCAGUAAUAAAGUGCUGAUUCCGUGCACGCCACUUUUAACAUCGUCAUAAAAUCAAAUACCCAACAAAUUGCUGAGCACUUUUUUUUGCCGAACGAAAAUAAAUCCAAUUAAAAUCCAUUUAGAAGAAAGACGGAAAACUGCAAAGACCAAAACCAGUAACAGAAAAAAAAUAUUUAUAGCAAAGAAAUCAGUGUGACCGAACUACUGUAGUUGAUUGCUUUUAUUUGAACACAAACACACACAAAAAAAAACAUUUGGUGUAAAUCGAAAGAGGAUAAUAAAAAAAUUGUGUGCAGCCACGAAAAAUCACGGACCAAAGAUAUUCAUCGAAAGUGAACUUACCAACCAAUUCACGGGCUGGCUUGUCGUAUUCACCUCGGACGAGUGAUAAAAUUGGAAGAGCUGAAGAACAUUUUACAAUAUAGAUAAGCAGAGACGAACGCAUUGAUAUUCAGUGAAAAACUACAAAUCGUUGCAACUGAAAAAUUUGGCCAUUUGGAAAAUAGAAGAUAAACACUAAAAAUCGAAGUGAAUAUUACGUUUCUCAGUUCAUGUGUGCUAAUACGAUAUAAGCGAGUAAUACAAAAGACAACUACGAACACCAGUUCGAAAGAAGCAACAGUCAGAAGAAAUUAAAUCCAAAGAAAUUCAUUUGAUGAGCGCAUCUAUCAAUUUAAAUCGAUAUUCAUCACAAAUUUCAUCUCACACCAUGUAUUCUCGAAACCUUCACUCGCAACGAGCACCGUGGUUGCUUUGGGCGCUUGUGAUAUUUGCUGUUGAGCUUGAGAUCGGUUUGGCGGCAACGCAGAAUAUGAUAAAACAUGAACCGAUGUUUGUCACCAGAUCGGAAACAUUCAAAUUUGUAUCCGGCGAAACAAUUCAUUUGCCAUGCGAAGUCUCAAAUGCAGAUAACUAUGUCGUGGCAUGGAAACGUGGCAUCGCUAUUCUAUCAGCUGGAAGUGUGAAAGUUACACCCGAUCCACGUGUGCAUCUUGUUAAUGGUUAUUCACUGCAAAUUAAAAACGCUGUACCACAGGAUGCCGGUGACUAUGUUUGCCAAAUUGCAACGCUUGAACCACGCGAAAUAACUCAUACGGUUGAAAUAUUGGUGCCACCAAGAAUUCAUCAUGUCAGUUCGGGCGGACACCGACAAGUAAAGAAAGGAGAAUCAGUACGAAUUGAGUGUUCAGCAUCAGGAAACCCAUCUCCAAACAUAACCUGGACCAGAAAGUUUGAAAAUCUUCCAAAUGGUGAUGAAAAGCUAUCGUCGUCGGUUUUACUUAUCGAAAAUAUGGAUCGCCACAAAGGAGGCACCUACAUCUGUACGGCCAAUAAUGGAGUUGGUCAAGCAGCAUCGGCCCAAGUUGUUUUGCACGUUUUAUAUCCACCUGAAAUAACGGUCGAAACUCCAGUCGUAUUCUCCGGCGAAGAUCAGGAAGCUUUGCUAGUUUGCAUCGUGCAUGGAGAAGCACAACCAGAUGUUAUUUGGUUUAAGGAGACUAUGCAAUUGGAUACAACCGAACGGCAUAUAAUGGGUAAAAAAGGGUCACGUCAUACACUUAUGAUUCGAAAAGUUCAUCCACAAGAUUUCGGUAAUUAUUCGUGCGUCGCCGAGAAUCCACUUGGAAAGACUCGGAAAACUUUGCAGCUAACCGGAAAACCGAAUACAGCACAAUUCCGGUCACUGCCAACAAGCCAAUUCAAAGACAGAUACAACAUCUCCUGGACAGUUGAUUCGCACACGCCCAUCGAUGAGUUCAAAUUGUUUUACCGAAGGUUACCACAAGGACAUGAUAUUGAUAACAGCAUAGAUCAGCAACAACCAUUGCAACAUCACAGCAAUCUACCGCAUCGCAAUUAUAAUAUGCACUGGUCACGAAGUGGAACUGAAUGGCGUGAUGUUGUAUUACCAUCGGUACCACUAUCUCAUCAUUAUACACAAGGCAUGAGCUACUUGAUAAAGAAUUUGGAUCAAGACCAACAAUACGAGGCUCGCGUACAAUCACGGAAUCGUUAUGGCUGGAGCGAUAUGUCGGAAAGCUUCACAUUUAGUACAACGAUGAACGAUGGCUUUUCUGAUAUCAGUUUCUUCCAGAAUCCUCAGUCAGAUAAUGAUUUGCGAGGAAUUGCCGUCACGUACUAUGGUACUAAUUCACAAUCGAUCAACACAAAUACUGUACCACUCAUUUUACCCAUAGCUAUGUUUAUAUUAAAAAUUUUCGUAUAAGUAAAUACUUAUGAAAGCACACACAACAACAACAACAAAUAAAAUCAAGCACACGUGAAACACGUUCACUAUGAAUUCAGUUUUUUUAUACGUUUGAGACAAAGGUGAAAUAAACUAAAGAAAAAAUGAAAUAAAUAAUCAAGAAAAUGUAGCAGGAAAUGAGGAGCAAAAAAAAAAUCGUCACACAGCUACACAUACAGACAUACAAAACCGAAAGAGACAAACAAAAAAAAUCAUUUACAAAAAAACUUCAGUACUCACAUACACAAUCACACAGACACACACACACACGUUGUAUUAUUAAGGAGAUAUUGUAAGCUGAUCGUUAGUAAUUAAAAAUGGAUUUAAUCUAAGUGGAUAUACAUGUAAGGAUUAAUUAGAAUUAAAGAACAUUGAAAUGAACAAGUAGGAAGUAAUGGAACAUAUAUAUGAUUGCAAAAGAGGAACAUUUAUUUCAUAUAUUUCACGGAAAUAGUUGAAGGGAACUUAUAACUCACCGGCACCUCCAGAUUAAACAUGAAUAAGAAAUAGGAUAUAUUUCCAAUUUUUUAUGUAAAUAAUAUAAUGCAUUCAAUCAUUCAACAACAACCACAACAACAAACAGCAAAAAAAAAUAAUUCCUUCGUAAAAUUCACUUGAGCCAAAUUAAUUUGUGAAAUGAGAUGAAAGCACCAAACCAUUUAUAAAUAUACAUAUAUAUUAUUUACUCAAUCUAAAUCGAUUUUCAAGAUGAAUUCAUUUUUCACCGUAUCCCAUACAAAAGCAUACAAAAAUCUUAAACGUAUAUGAUAUCCACAAAUCAGUUACCUUCAAUGAAUUGAUUCAAUCUUCACUUAUAAUUCAAAUAAAAAAAAAAUAAUUGAAAAUUGCUUAAGCAUAAUAUUUAGCUAAAAAGAUGAUGAAAAUAAAAAAAAAAUAAAACGAUUAGUUACGUCGAAUGAUUUUAAUGCAAGAAAGAAAAAAACAAUCCCUUCGUGUCCUUGAACACACUCACAAACACCGUGUAUACAUGCUCUUAAGAGUUAUUUAUUUCUAUUUAAAAUACCAUGAAUGAACGUAAUGUCUCAACAAACAACAAAACAAACAAAUAAAUAUGUUCUUAAAUUUCCUUAAGUAUAUUAUUGCCGGUCGAUGGCCGAAUGGUCGUCGCCGUCUAUUGUCGGUUUAAUAUUAAUAAAUAUGAUGUGAAUCGUUAUAAGAUUAGAGAAACGAACGAUCCAAUCAGUUCAUUGAAUUUACAACCAAUGUUUAAAUCAAACACUUAACAAAACCAAAAUAUAUUUGCACCGCUCAUUUUAAUCUUCAUAGAGCUGCCGUCAAUCGGACAGGAACACUUUCAAUCAAUACAGAAAAAAAACAAACAAAAAAACAUUUAAUUGAAUCAAUGUCGAAAUGAAGAAAAUGCAAAAAAAAACAAGACGGAGAAAAACGCGACAUUUCAUUGUGUCCACUUUCCGUAUUCUCUUUAUGGAAAUCGUUUCAUUUAAAUAUUCAUUAAAUGUUUCCCCAAUAGGCUGCAACACAAUGAUAAUGAAAAAAGAUUAGCAUGUAAUAUGUGUACGAUUUAUUGCUAAACAUAAUAGAUAUGUAUACAUUUAUUAAAAUUUAAAAUCGUACAUCAAAUACACACAUACGCAUUCAUUCAUCAACAAAUAUCGCCCCCCCCCAUUUCCGCACACCACCUGGGACAAAUCGAAAAUCAAAUGGCAAUUUCCGAAUUACGUUCAUCGGUUUGGUCAAAGUCACAUUUCAUUGAAAAAAUGAACAAAUGUCUCUAUGUUUAUUAUUCGUGUUAGUGUUUCCAAGCUAUAUUAUAACCGAAAACCAUCAUAGAGCUUAAUAUGAUUAUAUUGAAAUCAGGCGAAAAGAUAGAUGUCGGAUGUGUGUAACAUUCAUGUAUUAUUAUGCACCAACUAAAAAAAAUAUGUUUAGAUUUUUAAAAAAAACAAGUUUUUACCUCGAUCGAUAUGAGUUUAACCAUUUCUUUGAAUAAAAAAAAACCCCGAACUGGAUUAGAUGAAAUGCAAAUUCUGACACAUAUUCUAUUCUUUACCAUUUAACAGCGUGAUUUGACAUAAUCCAUUCAUUUUCACUGAUAUAUGUUAACGAUUAAGAUGAAAUACAACCACAACCACUCUAGUUCUUUUUUAUAAAUCACCAACAGUCAUUAUGCAAAACCAAACAAAAAAAAAUCACAAAAAAAUUCUCUUGAACUUUCCAUUUGAACACAGAUAUUGCAUGCAAACAUAAAUCCAAUCGAUCAUUUAUAAGAAAAACAAAAAAAAAAAAACGAAUGAAUUUAAACGAUAAAAGAAUGAUGAGAAAAAACGAGCGCGAAAAAAAACGUAACAUAGUCUAAACUCAAAUGAUAUUAUAGAGCAUUUUUGAAAACCAAAUAUAUUUUAAAUGUUAUCUCACUUACAAUCAAAUAAAUGUAUAAUCGCGUAUGUGUUUAUUCAUAAUAAAUUUAAUGCAAACAACAAAUAUACAACAAGACACCCCUUAACAAUUUAAGGAAAAAUCUAACACACGAUGCAAUGGUAAUUAAAUGAAAAAAAAAAAGUGCAAACUUUACAUUUUGAAUUGAACAAACCGAAUGGACCGAUAUACUAACUAUUAUAGGCGUUGUACUAACAAAUAAACUGAAUGGCGCCUGUGCAAUGUAUAAAAUUAGCAAUCGAUUCUAAAAUUCUAUUCUUUCCAAAGCACCGAAGUAAUAAUGAUCAUGACAUUUUCAAAAAGCCAUUUCAACAUAUAUACGUCGUUGUUUUUGUUGGUCUCCGUUUCCCAUUUAAUAUAGUUUACGUUUUCAUCGAACAAUUGAAGAAAAAAAGAAGUUCUUUGGCGAAUCUUUUAAAAAUGUGAAUCAUUCAUCAACUAUGGAAUGUAAUUCGAAAAGAUUGUAUCCACGCGCAACUUUUCCAAUCUUUUAAGAUUGUGUAUUCAGAAAGUUUUCAUGAUGGAACGCAAAGAUUUUCGCCGUUUUUUUUUUUUUUUUUUCAUUUGUCGAAAUACAAGCGUAUUCAACUCAUUAUUAAGUUACAAUUAACAAAAAAAUAGAAAACUUGAGAACUUACACUGAAGCGACAGUUUUUACGUAUGAAAAAUUCACACAACCACAGACCAUACAAAUGUCAGACGACAAAAAUGCCAUUUAUUUUCUCUCCUGCCAUUUAAAGUAAUAUCUUAAUCGACACUGCCAUCCAAAUAUUUUACUAAAAUAACAACAACAACAACAUUUCUUUCUAUGCAAUAUUAUUACUGUCACACAAUUAGCAAAAGAAAGCAACAUUUACAUGAUUAUCGAUUUCUUUUUAUCCGCAUCAAUAACAAUGUAGUACCAAAUGAUGUUUUUAUGAGGCACCAUUUUCAAGUAAGACAGCAUUGGGAUCGAAAAAAAAAGUCGACAAAAUUAGUUCAAGUGGUAUUUAAGUCAUGAUGGUUGUUAACACAAUUCAAAUCGAUGGAAAAAUUGAUUUGUGCAUUGGAAAGACCGUUUACAAUGAUGAAAUAGAAAUGGGAUGAUUGACGCACGAAAAAUGGUUCAUCAUACGAUAUAAUAUGAAUUUAAAAAAAAACGUAGCAACCACAACAACAAAAACAUUGCAAGAUCGAGCAUCGAUUGAAAACCAACAUCAACAACAAAAAUGAAAUAAAGAAAAAAAAACAUUGAACAAAUUGUUAUUCUGAUCGUAUGAACUUAUAAUAAUUUAGCACAAAAUGUCAGUUUUAUUUUGUACGCAAAAACUAAAAGUUUCGUAAACAAAUCGACAUUGAGGAGAAGAGAAAAAAAUAUGUUGAUUUCAAGAAGCAGCAUUUUUCGUGACAUAGUUGGGUCGGUAAUCUGACUACUUCAUUUGAAAAAUUUGUUAGAUUUUGCACAAAAACUUAUCUCUCCAAUUUUUGUAUUUUUCAUUUAAUUUUCUUUAAAAUAAACUACAUUCAAAUCAGCGACAUUUUUUCUAGUGAUAAUCGUACAAAAUGUAGCUCAUUUAUGUGCACUAAUUUACAUUUCUAUGAAUAAAAGAAUAAAUUAAACUAAAAAAAUAAUAUAAUAUGAUACAUAAUAUAGUGAAAUUUGCGCGAAUUGUCCAACUAAAAUAAAGAGAGAAAAUGUAGCAAAAACAUGAGCAGAAAAGAUGGUACAAUAGCGCCAAUAUAUGUAUUUAGCGAUUAAAUGAAAACACACAAUUUCAACAACAACAAAAAAAAACAGAGAGUAAACCAUUGAAAAUAACAGCAACAUGUAAUUGAAUUAAUUGUAAAGCAAAUUAAUGGCCAUGGAAUUUUCAAAUUUGGCAUUAUUUCGAUAGCCGACAAUCUUUAACUUCUCACAUUUGAAAAUUCGUUUAAUCGAAGUACCGUAAGAAUACCAAAAAAAAAAAAAAAAUUUAAAAGCAAAAAAACACACACACACAUACACGUUUAAACCAUUUAAUGCUUUAUUUUUAAUGUAUUUAUGUACUGCUUGGAUAUUAUUACCAUAACGAUAAUUAAUAUUAUGAAACAGACAAAAAAAAAUAAAAGAAAACAAUUUAACAUUAAAAUGAUGAAACAAAAUCAACCGGAAAUAUAAAGAUUCAAUAGAAAUCCGAUGAAAUGUUAAAAUGUAAUAUGACAGAAUUGUGUAAAGAACAUGAACAUUGAACAACAACAGUAACAGCAACAACAAAAAACCAUAUAAAAAUUAUAUACAACUAUAAAUGUAAGUUCAUAUUUGAUGAGACCCAAAUAUAUUUUAACGAGAAGUAAAAUAA